CGUGGCGAGGCACGUCCGUUCGUACGUCAUAGUCACGUGGUAAGAUUUGAAAUUAAACCUCGAAUCGCACAACAACAGUGUGUCAGCAAACAGCAUUUCGGAGGUAUUAAUCAAGUGGAUUGUGACGAAACAAGAAAAUUUUAUGACUUUGGGAGGUAACGUCGCUCAGGAUGGCUUUAAGAUUUGAAAAAUCGAAUUGCUUGAAGAUGGAUGAACUGUCGCCUCAUGUUUGGAGCGCUCCAGGCGUCCCGCUGGAGACUGCGGCCCCAUCCCAGAGGAGCCAGGCUCCGGAGGAACAUGUGUCCCAGCAGGAGGGUCAUGUUCAGAUCAUGUACUGUAAGGAUCAGGUGUAUCAAGGAGACACAGAGUUCAGUCUGGAAGAGCUCCGAGCGCAACGCUACUAUAAAGCUUUGAGCGAAAAGGCCUUACACCUGAACAAACUAAAGCAGGACCUGCAGCUUCAGAUCGAGCAGAAAAAGAGACUCCUUCAGCAAAGAAACAGCAGCACAGAGACACCGCAGAUUGUUCAUGAGGAGGCCAGUUCUUCCUUCCAUAAUUCGUCAGGUUCAUGUGAAUCUGCGGCUGCUGUGGUGAGAUCGGCUCCGUUCACCGAAUGCAGCCAGCAGGAGGAAGACCGUGUGCUGACCAGUAGAAGUUCAGUGAGGCGAGAGGACGACAUGAAUCACAGAGGAAGUGACGCUAAACUGCAGAAAACAGCAAAACCUUUCAGUGUUUCUGAUGAGAAUACACUGACAAAUAAAAUAUCAUCUUCGACGAACCGUAAUUCUCUGAAGCUGCCCACCUUGAGUCUGAAAGGGCCAAAGCCGAAAGCAGAGCUCUCUACUGAUAAAGACGUGUCCAUCUCUCGCUCUGAGGAUGCAAUCAUCAAUGGUCACUGGAAUAAGACUCUGUGCCGAAGUCCAGACGAUACGUGUGAAUUUGCCCUCACCGCUCAGCUGGCGUCCACUCCGUUUGGAGGAGUCCAGAGGCCAAAGGCGUCCGAGUCAGGCCUGAUGGAGAAUAAGAGCCAAACGGCUCCAGAAUCCAGUAAAGUAACGAACUCAAACGUGAGCGCUCCCGAGAAAAAGCUCAGUCCUAUCCUAGAGAUCAGUCAGGAGUGGGGCGGCUCUUCCUUCGCCAGCUUCUCCCAGGAUCCCAUGAAGCCUGAGAUCAGCCGAUCUGUGGAGAGAGCGGAGACGCUGCUGGAGGAAGCAGUCACUGAAUCGGAGGACGUCUGUGGUCUGGACGUCAGAUCCCGCUUGUAUCAUCAGGCAGACGUGUCGUCCUUCUGUAACUUCCAGCAGAAAUGGUGUGGUCUGCCGGACGCCAGCGGAGUCGAUGACCUAUGUCUCGACGGAGAGGUGUUGGUGUACCGCAGGAAGCUGGAGACGCUGAAGGACUUCACCCUGUACUCGUCUGGAACCGCUGCUGUCUUUCUGAAGGUGGAUGUGUCCGGAGUGCCGUGGGAUUUCUUCAUCAGCUCUCAGCUCCGGUCUCGACGGUCCGGUGACGAGCCCAAGCGUGACGUCCAGAUCUGCUGUCAUGUGUUCGAGGACGGCUGCUUGACUCUCUGGAGGAUUCCUCACGGAGAAACCCUUCAGGAUCUUCUCGCUGAGCCCGUUGCUCGAGACGAUGUUUCUCUGCUGGUCGUUCUGUUGCUGGAGCUGGUGAAAGAGUUUCAUUCCUGUCGAGUGGUUCACGGAGGCCUGAAGCCAGAGUCGCUGUACUUUUAUCACACGGGCAUCACAGCACUAGAUUUCUCAAGCUCGGUGGAUCUGCAGCUCCAGACUGACGUCACAACAGCACAAGAUCUUCCUUCAGCUCAGAAAUACAUACAGCAGGGUCUCCUGUCGCCUUCUGCAUCGCCCUAUCACGUCGAUCUGAUCGGCGUCGCAGAAAUUGUUCACAUGCUGCUGUUUAAUCGGCCGAUGAAAGUGACUCAGGAAAACUCGGCUUGGAGUUUAGAUGAAGGAUCCGGAUCUCAGAACAACGUUCCCGUUGAGGCUUUAUGGAAGGACUUUUUCCACAUGAUUCUGAAUCCAGAGGAAAAGUCUCCGGAGCUGGUUUUGUCUGAACUCAUCCGUAACGUGAAGAACAGCUGAUGAAGUCAAGCUGCACUCAUUCGUUGUGCAAUAAUGCCAUUUGUUAAACAACAGCUCCGAUUAUGAAUUGGUGGCUGUGAAAUUAAUGUUAUAUAUAUAUAUAUUGCUUUUUACAUAUUAAUAAACUAUUUUCACAUCGUAA